AUGUUCAAAUGUAAAGCCAAAGAAUUGUCUUUAGAUUUUUUAUCAUUGAGUUUGUUAUUUUUAGGUUUAUCAUCUUUGAGUUCAUCAUUUUUGUCUCCUUUUGAAAGUGCAAAAGAAUUUGCUGAUAAAGAAUACUUACUAAUUUUAACAUUCCAUCAGCAUUCUCUUGAUGAUCCAGAUUCAGAUGAUAAUGAUGAUGACCAGAAUACUGCAGAAAUAGAUGCU